AGCAUCGGUUUGACGUCUCAUUUUUACUUUUCAUUAAGAUUAUUACAAGCAUAGAUUAUUGUUCUAUCAAGUUUUUAAAUAAAGAUGUCUAAUGAUUAUGGUUUCAAUAACGACGAUUCCCCUAAUAAGACUAAUUCACAUUUACAACUUCCAAGUCCAAUAAUCACGCGACGAAAUAGAACUGCCUCAACGUCCGAGAGAGCUUUAGGAAAUCCACUGGAAAGUGGCAAAAUCAAAUCUUUCUGCAGGGAAAGAGGUCAUGGAUUUGUGACGCCAGAAAAAGGAGGUGAUGAUCUCUUCGUCCACAUUUCUGACAUUGAAGGUGAGUUUGUGCCACUGCCUGGAGAUGAAGUAAUAUACCGACUCUGUCCGAUUCCACCCAAAUUUGAGAAAAAUCAAGCUGUACAUGUACGCAUUGUCCAUCUGACUCCUGAGAAACAUCUUAAAUGGGAUGAACCGCCACUGUAACAGAUUACUGAAUAAUUACAAAAUUGUAUUUUUCCCUCUAUCAUUUGCCAUUUACCUCUCUUAAUUGUUAAUGUUUUUUCUUCAUUAGUAUUGAAUACCACUUUAUGUAAGUACACAUAAACUUUGUAACAUCAUUGAAGAACAAAACACAAAAAAAGAACUUAAAUUCAGUCAUGUUAUAAUAAAGGAUUGAAAGAUACCAAUUUAAAACAUUGAAUUAGACUAUUGAUUGGCAGUAAAGGUUGUGAGAGUCAAGAUUAGUCAUCUUUUUAAUCUAAUAAAAACAUUUAUACUACACAAAUCAACCAAAUUAACAUAUACUUAUUUAGUAUUGGUUCUAAAAAUACAGUAUUUUUGACGAAAGUGAGAAGCCAACAUGUGGUGCUAAAUUUUCGAAGGUUUUACCAUCGUAUUUAGAUUUUGAUGUCACUUAAUUCUUGCAUUGGAUGGAUGAUGGCUUCUUACAUAAUAUAUGCUCAAAAUUGACUUCGGGCGAAAUAUUAGUUAUUAGGUUUUCACAUAUAGAUAAUAUGAAAAUAUUUUGUUCCCAAGUUAAUAUAAUUAACUUUUAUGUGAUAAUUUCAAGAUGGAUAAAGAUCACGUGACAAUUACCGUUACGCUCGAAGUUCAAUGGAUUGACUUUAGUAAAAUGCACAAUAGGAUGUUUGAUUGGCCUAGUUGUACAACAAAAUAUAUAUUUUUAUGUAAGAGUCCGGUAUCAUUGUGAGUUUGAGCCUAAUAGUUUAUAGUAAUUAGAUUAUAUGUUUUGCACAAAGUUAGUGCCACUGAUUGUGAUAAACAUAACUGGUAUCUGUAAUGAGGCCCUUGACAUCUGGGGUAUGAUUUAAUUAUACAGUUUCUUGUCAUAAUGGGAUCGAAAAUAAUAACCACAAUUCGAGUAAGACCUCUUUUAUUACAUAAUUAGUGCAAUAAAUACUGUCACAUUUUGUAUUAUUUGUAUUGUAUCGCUCCGAAAUAGCUUUAUUACGUACUGGAUCUUGUAGCACUAUGCUAUAAUCAUAAAUAUUUCAAAAAUGUCCAAGAAUAUACAGCUUUCCCUGGUAGCUGUAUGAAAGCCAUUGUCCAAUUGUAAAAAUCAGAUAGGAAUGGAGGAGGUCAAAGAAAGGAAUUUAUUAGAAAUAUUUAUAUGAAAAUAUAUGCGUCGAAUCUUCAGAAUACUAAUGUUCAUUAAUUCGCAAGGUGUAAAGAAAAUUCGUUUCGGCUCUAUUAAGCCGAGUUUAUAUUACGAAAAUUGUUGCAUAAAACUUUCAUAUCAUUAAUUCCGAUAGUAGUUGCACGUGUAAACGUCCACUUUCGCCAUGUUUGUUGGAUUAGUUUCACGACACUAGUUUCGUGCGAUGUGCAUAUUUUUAAUGAAACUAGUUUCACCUCUAUAUACCUUAAUAUAGUGUCGCUACACAAUUUGCUCGUAGUAGAAAGCUUCGAUGGUGAGGGAGCCAGUGUCUGAGUUGCUGUUGAUUAUAAGUAGUUUCAUAUGUGCCGAAAUUAGUGUCGUAAAACUUGUUUUAAGUUUGCAAACUUUCGUAAUGUAAAUUCGACUUCAGACAUGCGAGCACCUUGAAGGAAUAUUCCAUUGCCAUGUCAAAUUUUUGCAAUGGAUUUUCAAUUGAGGUUCUUUGAGGUUGAGGAUAAAAUUAAGGUUUAAUAUCAAAUGGUAUAAUUCUACAGUUUUGUAUAGUCUGACGUGCUGUUGAUUGUAAAAGAACGAAAUUUCUUUAUAAUACACAGGUACUUAAGGGAAUUCGGCACAAAAAAGUAAAAAAAAAAUCUCAUGGCACGCAGAAUGGAAGAGGUAUCUACGACUUCACAAUACCAUGUGGUAUAGUUUUGAUCCGUUUUAUGUUAUUUUAACCAUAAGUAUAAUGGUGAAUGUAUCAUUCCACAAUUGGAACAUUUAAUGUCGAUGUUUUAUAAAAUUCUCUUAGAUUUUGCUUUGCGGUCCUGGAAAUUUUGUUGUUCCACUGGUAAAUAUUAUUUUGUAAUCAAUUAAGUUUUAGAUUUGUAACAAUAUAUUUGUAAUUAUUAGUACUAUUAACAAGUUGCCGCGCUUUCUUGAGUUUUUAUUAGCAGUAUUAAUUCAUACAGCGAAUAAAGUAUGUGU